GCAGUACGAGAGGAGAGUGAGAGAGGAGGAGGAGGAUGGAGGGAGAGAUGAAAGGAAGGUUCCGGACCUUCAGAAGGAUGACAUGAUGGCCAGGAAGACAGGCGCGUUCCCCAGGACCCACAACACCACGACAACAUUCAACCGCUUCCUACCACUGCCGGGUUCCAAACGCCCAGCACAGGAAGUAGUCACAGACAGGAAGCUACAGCAAUCCAGGGUCUCCAUGGACAUGCCUCAACAGCACCCCAACGUGGCAAUGGUCGUCAGGCCGCCCGUUCCCAGCCAUUGUAACUAUGAUGAUGAUGAUGAGGAUGAGGAAGAGUGCCCUGUACCAGACCUGGAGAAGGAUGAUAUGUUGGCUCGUAGGACCAGGGCAUACCAACACAGCGCGGGGAGAACCGGACGCUCCUUUAACCUGUUCCUGCCUGUCCCUGGAGCGGCCCAACAGAAGAACACCCCCUCUGGUGGACCCAACCAACUCUACCAGAACACCCCCUCUGGUGGACCCAACCAACUCUACCAGAACACCCCCUCUGGUGGACCCAACCAACUCUACCAGAACACCCCCUCUGGUGGACCCAACCAACUCUACCAGAACACCCCCUCUGGUGGACCCAACCAACUCUACCAGAACACCCCCUCUGGUGGACCCAACCAACUCUACCAGAACACCCCCUCUGGUGGACCCAACCAACUCUACCAGAACACCCCCUCUGGUGGACCCAACCAACUCUACCAGAACACCCCCUCUGGUGGACCCAACCAACUCUACAGACAGGAACAGCAACCCAGCAGUGGCGUUUCCACAGCAACAGGAACUACUACUGCCCUCUGCCCUCUAGAACCCCAACCAGGAAGUGUCUCGAGGACAACCCUU